AUGAGAUACGGAGUUUCCUAUCUUACAAAAACAUGUAUAAGAACGAUACCAGACACAUUUGGAUCCGUUGAUGAGUACCUUAAGUGUUUUGUUCCUCAUCUACUAGAGGAAACACGAACAGAGUUGUCCUCAAGCUUGGGAUCUCUGUCAAAAUCUCCUAUCUGCCGCAUAAGCUCUGCCCAGGCAACGAAAAUAAAAAUUUCGGAUCAAACAUCAAACAGUUUCGAUGUAUCAGUGAUUGCAGCAGAAGGAAACAGAACAAAGUACGAGCCGAAGUGUGGGGAUCUCAUCGCUCUCACGAAUACAACAGGGCCAAGACGUGUCUACGACUUGAACCCUCUUGUUCUUGCAUAUGUAUUCUCUGUUAAAGAUGAACUACGUAUCUCUGUUCAUUUGUCUACAUCCAUAUCCAUCAAUGAGUGGUUUUCAUUUCGUUCUUGUGUUUAUCUAAUGAAUUUAACAACAAACACUCGUAUCUGGAACGCUUUGCACGGAUACGGAUGUGGCAAUUUCAGUCUCAUCAGGAGUGUCCUUCAGUCUAAUACUGAGAAAACGGAGCACGCUGUUUCUUUUAGGGAUUGGGGAAAUGAUGUUUUGGAUAUAAUACGUUCAGCGAACUUGAACGCUAGUCAGGAAUCUGCAAUUUCAAGUUGCCUUGAGACAAGGAAUCAGCAUGACAAGACUUGUGUGAAACUAAUAUGGGGACCACCUGGUACUGGGAAAACAAAAACGGUUGCUACUCUUCUCUAUGCCCUCCUUAACCUACGUUGCAAAACGGUUGUGUGCGCUCCUACAAACACUGCUGUGGUGGAAGUUGCAUCUAGGCUCUUGGUGUUGUUCAAUGGAUCUUCUUCUUCAUCUGAAAAUUCUACUUACGGUCUGGGGAAUAUAGUCUUGGUCGGGAACCGAGGCAGGAUGGGGAUAGAUAGCAUGAAUGGAGAUCUCCUUGAUGUGUUUCUUGAUCAUCGCAUCAGUAAAUUGGCGAAACUUUUAUCGCUAUCGAGUGGAUGGAAAAAGAGUUUGGAGUUUGUCAUAAAGUGUCUUGAAAAUCCGGAGCCUGUUUACAAGAAAUAUCUCUUGAGAAGGAAACGACAAGGAAAGAGGCAAAAAGAAGAAAACCGUUCUUCUAAAUUUUGGAGAGUUUAUAAAAAAGAGUUUUGA